ACUGCAUUUGACCUGCAGGUCACAUGGCAUGACGCUCUGUAUCUGGCUCCUCAAUAUCAUUAAGCUCCUUAUAACAAGCUCCUUAACACACUAAGUCUAUCUUACUACCCUAUUAGCUGUCCGUUCUGAGCCGACUCAACCGCUCCCAUCCUUUAUUUUCCCUUUCUCUUCAUGUCGUUGGCCAUGGCCACGAACACACCUUUCAAUGGUGGUGUAAAACAACCCCAAGAAACGGCAGAAACUCAUAUUCAUGAUAUCAUGAGCCAUGAUGCAUCCAAAGGUGCCAUAGUUCACUCGUUUGACCCGGAUGCCACUCCACAACAGAAGGCAGCUGCUGCGGGGAUGCAGCGUGACCAACUGAAGAGUAUCGUCCAGCAGGACGGAAGUGCGCAUGGCGGAAAAGGCGCGUUUUUUUCUCUGCUACGUCACCCAAACCAAACGUCUGCAUCAGAACCAUCCAUUGUCGGAGCGUCCAUCCCUACCAUCACAGUUGAAGACACGGGCGAAGCGACCAACGAAGAGCAGGAGAGAUCGGGCAGUGUAACUCCAUCUGCACUCACAGUACCCGGAGAAUACCCCUCUGGUCUUGCUCCAGCGAUUCCAGAUUGGUACAAAGUCGGUUGGCGUGCUGUUGCAAACAUCGAUGCACCUCCGCUUGAAGAAGGCGAGGAGAAAGACAACCACAUACUCCAGCUUUUCUUGACUGAGCAAUAUUAUGGCCAGUGGUACCACAAUGCCGCUCUUAUCUUCUUUGCUGUAUUCGCUUCUCAUUUCUUGACACGAUUCAACUUCGGCUGGGGGUGGCUGAUUCUUUUGCUAUCUAUUUGCAACACCUAUUAUGUGACUUCAAUGACUCGUGUCCGCCGUUGUGCCCGUGAUGAUAUUCAGCGUGAAUUGAUCAAGACACGCCUUGCGUCCGAGCACGAAUCCGCUGAUUGGAUGAACAACUUUUUGGACCGUUUCUGGCUCCUUUAUGAGCCUGUUCUCUCUGCUACUGUUGUCGCCUCUGUUGAUCAGAUCCUGAGCACCACUACUCCCGCCUUCUUGGACUCCUUGCGCCUCACGACCUUCACCCUUGGGACGAAGGCUCCCCACAUAGACAAAGUUAGGACAUUUCCAAGGACUGCUGACGAUAUCGUCAUGAUGGACUGGGGAAUUUCCUUCACUCCCAAUGAUACAUCUGACAUGACCCCCCGUCAAGCGGCUCAAAAAGUCAACCCCAAAAUUGUUCUAUCCGUUCGCCUGGGCAAAGGUCUUGCCACAGCCUCCAUACCCGUCCUUCUCGAGGACAUCACCUUCAGCGGUAUCAUGAGGAUUAGGUUAAAGUUGAUGGCGAACUUCCCCCACGUGCAGAUCGUGGAUAUCAGCUUCCUUGAAAAACCGGUUAUUGACUACGUGCUUAAACCGGUGGGUGGCGAGUCGCUUGGAUUUGACAUAGCCCACAUUCCUGGUCUACAGACUUUCAUUCGGGAUAUGGUUCACGACACGCUCAGUCCCAUGAUGUACGACCCGAAUGUGUUCACUGUCAAUCUCGAACAACUUCUUUCUGGUGUACCCCUUGAUACAGCUAUUGGCGUCAUUCAAGUCACCGUCGAGGCUGCUCGCGGGCUUAAGGCCAACAAGAUCGGCGGGGGCUCUCCUGAUCCCUAUGUUAGCAUCAGCAUCAAUAACCGCGAGGAACUCGCGAGAACCAAGUAUAAGCCGAGCACAUACAACCCAACAUGGAUGGAGACAAAGUUCAUUGUGGUCAACUCCCUUCAAGAGUCGUUGGUGCUUAGUCUCCUUGACUACAACGAGCAUCGUAAGGACACUCCUCUUGGUGCCGCCACCUUCGAGCUGCAGAAGCUACUGGAGGAUGCAACUCAGGAAGGUUUAGAGCUACCCGUUUUAAAAGAUGGAAAGGAUAAAGGAAUGAUUCGUUUUAACGUCAACUACUUCCCGGUUUUGAAACCCGAAUCCGUCAAUGGAAAAGAAAAUCUGCCUCAAACAAAUGUUGGAAUUGUUCGCUUGACUAUCCACCAGGCUAAGGAACUUGAUGCUACAAAAUCACUUUCCGGCGACUUGAACCCCUUGGUCAAGGUCUUCCUUGGGAACAGCACUUCCUACACGCACAAAUCGCAGAUCAUCAAGCACACAAACAAUCCCAUUUGGGAGUCGCCGACAGAGUUUAUUUGUGCAGACAAGUCGUCUUCAGUCAUCACUAUCAAGGUGGUUGACGAGCGAGAUUUCCUCAGAGAUCCUGUGGUCGGUUAUAUGUCUGUCCGGCUGGUUGAUCUUCUCCAGACGGACCCCGCUCUUAACAGGGAAUGGUGGCCUUUGAGCGGCUGCAAUAGCGGCAAGAUCAGGCUCAGUUGCGAGUGGAAGCCGCUGCACAUGGCUGGCGCCUUAAGUAGUGCAGAUCAGUAUGUACCUCCCAUAGGUGUUGUCAGACUUUGGUUGCGGAAGGCGACGGAUGUCAAGAACGUGGAAGCGACUUUCGGCGGCAAGAGUGAUCCCUAUGUGCGAGUAUUGGUGAAUAGCGUCACUCUUGGGAGGACUGAAGUUAUUAACAACAAUCUGAACCCUGAGUGGGAUCAAAUAAUAUAUAUACCGGUCCAUUCGUUGAGAGAGUCGAUGUUCAUGGAAGUCAUGGAUUACCAGCAUCUGACUAAGGAUCGCUCCCUUGGAUCGGUGGAAUUGCUUGUUAGUGAUAUCGCAUGCGAGUCGCCAGUUGAUUCACAACACCGCUACGAAUCAACCGGUGCCAAGGAGGUUGCUGAGCCAAUCCGGACCGACAGCAACUCAUAUAAAGGGCAGCUACACUACAGAGCUGAAUUCGUAUCAGCUUUGAACGUGAAGCAUGUGUGGUUUGAUGCAGACGAGAACGAGAUCCAGAAAGCCGCUCAUCAAGUCCAGCGCAAUCAUGCUAAUGGUAUUAGCACCCGUAGUUCCUCCAGCAAUGGAGAGGAGCGAUAUGUGACCGUCGAUCAUCCAAUGACUGAGGCAGAGACGCAUAGUCCACCUCAUCAAACAGAUUCUAGCGAAUCAGUUCGAGCCAACGGGAAUGGGGCUGCAAACACGGACGAAGAAGCUUCAUCACCGACCGAAAAAGAUUCUGCGAAUGAAGGCAUCCAACUCAGCAAGGAAGAGCUGUUCAAGCAUCAGUCGGGUAUAAUUAUCUUUAACGUGAUAGGCGGACAUCUGCAGAAGAAAGCUCGUCUUGAUGUGCUCUUGGAUGAUGCGUAUUGGCCUGCUUUCAGCACCCUGAAAUCGCGAGGUACAAAUGCUAGGUGGGCGCAUGUUGGUGAAGGAUUCCUUAAAGAGCUUGACUUUGGUCGUGUCUGGCUGCGCUUGAAUGAGAGUGGGGACUUCGACAAGGAUGACAUUACGGCGGAAUGGAAGGGUGAUGCUAAGGCUUUCUUAGAUGCCACUCUGGACCGUCGGUCGUCCUUCUCACUCACACAUGCAGAUGGCCAUUCGUCUACCGUUGAGAUUGAAACCCGCUAUGUACCCGUCCCAGUGAAGCUUUUGGCUAGAGAGAGUAUCAACAACCAAGGCAUACUCCGAAUUUACCUUUUGGCUGGAAAGGACCUUCGUUCUGCUGACAGAUCAGGCACAUCUGAUCCAUUCGCCGUUUUCACUCUUCAUGGCACGAAGGUGUUCACAUCUCAAACCAAAAAGAAAACUCUCAACCCUGAUUGGUCAGAAAUGUUCGAAGUUAAUGUGCCAUCUCGAGAGGCGGCCGACUUUUCUGUAGAAGUUUUCGAUUGGAACCAACUCGAACAAUCUAAGAGUCUUGGGCAUGGUACCAUUAAUCUGCGUGAUAUAGAACCCUUUGAGGCCACCGAACAGAUGAUCGAGCUUUCCUCAGAAAAGCACGGUGCAAAAGGACAUGUCGCAAUUCGAUUGAUCUUCCAACCGGAGAUUAUUGCCAAGAACCGGAAGGCGACCUCGACCUUCACCUCCGCAAGCCGCGCCAUGACCCAUAUCGGAUCAUUACCCUUCGGUGCUGGCAAGGGCGUCGUUCGUGGCAUUGGUCAUGUGUUCAAGAGAGACUUCGGGGGCAGUCAUGAAAAGUUAGAUGUUCCCCACGCCGUGCCCGAGGCCGCUGCUGGCCAGGCAUCGCGACCGAUAGGGGGUCCACCUUCAGAGCCUGGAACACUCAGAGUAACGAUGAUGAGCGCAAAAGACGUGUCUAUGACGGACACCAAAGCGUACGCAGUCAUACGUGUUGGUGACAAGGAGUUCAAAACAAAGCACGGUACUAAGUCAUCAUCACCAGAAUGGAACGAGUCUUUCCAUUUUACUGCUAGCGCGCACAUGCCCAAAUUGCAUCUUUGGAUUUAUGACCAUAAGACGCUCGGAAAAGAUAAGCUGUUAGCUGAGGGUGAGGUUGACAUCUGGCGGCACAUACAAGUUGGCCAGUCGACAGCUGCUGAGGUUACCGUUGAGCUUCAAGGGGGUGGGCUUGCCAGCCUCCGUCUCGAAUUUGAUGCAGGGAAUAAUCCACUGGCACAAGACGCGUCAGUCGUGUCCCUUGAACGAUCGCAGCCACAGACUUCAUCGUCGAGAUUCAGCAUCAGGGGUCGCAGACCAGGGUUUAACGAGGACAAUUGACUUACUGCGUAAGCAAUUCUUGAUAUCUUGCUUGGGAUUACUACACAUUUAAUUCACGAUCUAUGGGCUGCUAGUUUUAUGUUUCAUUUGCUACUCAUUGAUGUCCCAAGAAUUUUAUGC